AUGUCGAAUAUUUUGUCAGAAAUAUGUUUGACUAGUUCUUAUGAUCGAGAUAUUUAUAUCAUUUUAUUAUUAUUGCAAGUUCGUCAUGAAUUAACAAACGCUGUCGUUAGUGACAUGGCAAAAAUGAUCAAUUUCAUAGGAAAAAAAUGCUUAACAAGCUAUCAAAUGAUACUUAAAGAAGCGAAAUUAUUUACGCCCAUCAUAUACAAAUUCGUUUACACCAAAUGUCAUUGCUGCAUUACGGAUCCAAUCGCUGACUUGAAUCAACUUGUUUCCUGUAACUGCCAUCAGUCUAAUAAUCAAGCGAAUGCAAGGGAUGCAAUUAAGAAUGAAUCAUACUUCUGUUAUGUAUCGUUACGCGAAUGGUUGACGUACUUAAUUCCAAUAUUCUAUGAUCAAUUAAGACUAAAUCAUACGCCGAAUCCAAAUUCCUUGCAUGAUGUACUCGAUGGUUCGGAAUAUCAACGUUUAAUAGACCGUGGACGUCAAAUGAAUAAACCAGGUGCAAUGACUGUUACCAUCACUUUGGGAUAUGAUGGUGUACAAUACAACAAUACCAAAUCAAUGUGGCCAGUCGUGUGCUACUUGAAUGAAUUGCCGUUCAAUCUUCGCCAAGAACUUAGUUUGCUGGUAGGAUUGCACGCCAAAGCAUCCAAACCGCCUAAGUCAAUAUUACGGCCAUUGAUAGACGAACUUGUUGAAUAUGACCGCGAACCGAUCCAAAUUGUCAUGAUGGACGGUCGUGUGUUGUCAUUUCACGUUCGCUUGCUGCUAGUAAUUGCUGAUGCUCCUGCAAGAGCUGACAUUCUAAACUGCAAACAGUUUAAUGGGAUCCACGGGUGCAACAUGUGUCUUAUCGAAUCACAUUAUGUCUCGGAACAUCGUUGCCGAAGAUACCCGAUGGAUGUCGACUAUGUGUCAAGGGAUGACUCUGAGUGGCGAAGAUUGAGUUCAUUAGCCCAAGACCAUAGUUAUGAUGAAGAUAUCCAUAAGGGCAUUAUGGGAAAAUGUGAGUUAUCCCGAUUGGAUUACUUGCAUUUGAAUAUAAUUGCACCGCCAGAAUACUUGCAUUCGCAAUUGAUUGGCUCUGUCAAAUUGAUUGUGAAUGCCUGGCUAGGAAAAAUUAAGGGAGUCCCUCAGAUUUUGUCAGAAUGCGACAUAAAAAUAAUCGAUUUAAGAUUGGAAACAAUUCUGUUUCCAGCACAGCAGCUUAAGCGCAUGUUAACCUUUUCACAGAUUGACAACUGGAAAGCGAUGGACUUUGAGAAUUUCCUAUUCUAUGGAUUUUUGGCUUUGAAAAAUGUUUUACCAUACAAUUAUCUAUCGAAUUUUAAGAAGCUAUCAGUCAUUAUAGCAAAUUUGACUCGAUCAACAAUAACUGAUUUACAGCCGACGGAAGAAUUGGUGAAAAAUUUCAUAAAAGAUUUUGCCAAAAUAUAUAGCAACUACAUGCAUCGAUUCAAUGUGCAUGCCAUAUUGCAUCUUCCGACUGUCGUGCGAUCGUUUGGACCAUUGAGAACGUCAUCUGCUUUCAUAGUAGAAAAUAGUAUGGGAGUGUUUUCUAGGAAAGUUAAAACGGGCACAUUUGUUGCCGAGCAAGUCUUCAACAAAGCAAUCAUAAUGACAGCGAUGAAAUCCGUUGUAAGAUCAUCUAAUCCAGAAAAUUUAUCGAGUGAAGCUUUGAAAUUCGCCAAGAAUUUAUUUGGUUGUUCGUCAUCAAAUGAAAUCAUUGUAACGAACAAGAUGAACACCAAACUGAACGACAUAGAAAUCCAAACAAUCAAUGAAUUCGAUGAUAAUUUUUUGAAUGAACAUGUAGAUUUAUAUAGCCGCGUGAAAUACAAAGACAUAGUAAUAACGACAAGAUGUUAUGGAAGUUUUUUUCUUAGAUCAAACAAUUUCGUUAAAACUUCAAGGGGUUUUUAUAAUAUUUGCAAAAUUGUUAAAUCUCCAUCGCGUAUCAUUUUGAUCGGAGUGAAGUACGAAGUGGUCGACGAUCCAGAGAUACGAGAUCAUUACUAUAUUAAAAAAGCAAACCCGAUGGGCACCAACAUGGAGGUGGUUGAUAUCCCUUCGGUGAUAGCAACUUGUACUACUUAUUGCGAUUCGAAUAAUCUAUAUAUAAUGGAAAUAGUCAAUCGUCAUCUAUGA